AAAUGACUAGUUUUACAAUUUCCGACAGCAACCUUGAAGGCAUCAAGGACCAAGUCGUCCUCAUUACCGGUGCCUCAUCUGGAAUUGGUCUGGCAACUCUCCGACGUGUCCUCAGACAUGGCGGCAGAGUGUAUGCCGGUGAUCUCAACCCAUUGCCAGAACCAGAGGCAUCGUCAGUUCCCUAUAUGAAAGUCGACGUAACGUCCUGGAAAGAUCAGGUUGAAAUGUUCAAGGCGGCCCAAGAAAUGUACGGGAAAAUUGACCAUGUGUUCGCCAAUGCGGGAAUCCAGCCAACAAUCUCGCUACUCGAAGACGAUACCGACGAAAACGGAGAUUUGAUGCCACCAAAACUGAAUACGAUCAAUGUCAACUUGCUAGGAUGCAUGUAUACAGUUAAAUUGGGCAUUCACUACCUGAAAAAGAACCCGAAAGGUGGCAGUGUCGUAUUGACAGCCUCGGGAAGUAGCUUUACGCGGUUCCCCGCCACAGACUAUACAACGGCCAAACACGCAGUGCUCGGCCUCUUGCGUGCAUUGCACCCGCUUCUUUCCCCUCAUCUCCCGAUCCGGAUUAAUGCCAUCGCGCCUUCAUGGACCGACACCGGUAUCGUUCCACGCGAGGUCAUUGCUGCGUUAGGAGAAGGCAACUAUCAGUCGCCUGAUGUGGUUGCUCGUUCGGUUGUCGUGCUCAUGGCUGAUUCCCGGCGUUAUGGCGAGUUGAUCUAUAGUGAUGUGGGAAAGUUCAUGGAUCUGGAGAAUGGCGAGAAGGGAUAUCAUGCGUUUACAAAGAAGAUGCUGGGAAUUGCAGAGGAAGAGGAACUGAAGGAAACGAGCGUGCUUGGAAGGUUGAUCGACGUGAAGGGUGAGAUGUCAAAUUAGAUGCUGGGGAUGGAACAGUUGCCGGCCAUUACAAUAACAAUUUGCGCGUGCCCUACUGCUUCAGCUCUGUACCAGACAACGUAAGACGUUUGCUACAUCGUGAAGGUACAUUGAAUCCAUUGUCGAAAUCG